AUGCUGACCCGGCGGAGGAGCAACCGCUGGCGGAAGAAGCGGACGCAGCUGUUCGGCAUCCAGAUGUGCUUGGCGGGGGUGCUGCUCGGGCUGGCCGUGGGGCUCCGGUCGGUGGUGCAGAGGUCAGGAUAUGUUUCCAGCUCCUUGGUUGUGGAGGAGGCCAGGUGGGAGAGUCGUCACCUUUUACAAGAAGACAAGUUGAAACUCUACUCCGAACCUGAGAGGAACUGCACUGAACCAGCUAUCCAUGAGUUCCCCAGAGAUUACUUCACUAAUCAAGAGCGCGCUGAGGGAGCUGUGGGCCUGCAUGUUCUCUGCGCAGUUUACAUGUUCUAUGCUCUGGCUUUGGUGUGUGAUGACUACUUUGUCCCCUCACUAGAAAAAAUUUGUGAGAACCUUCACUUGAGUGAGGAUGUUGCUGGAGCCACCUUCAUGGCAGCAGGCAGUUCUGCACCUGAACUGUUCACCUCUGUUAUUGGAGUGUUCAUCACCAAGGGCGACGUUGGUGUCGGGACCAUUGUGGGCUCUGCUGUCUUUAACAUCCUCUGUAUUAUUGGAGUGUGUGGCAUAUUUGCUGUGCAGAACAUCCGACUGUCCUGCUGGCCUCUGCUCAGAGACUCUGUCUACUACACCCUUUCUAUUUCUGCUCUUAUUGUAUUCAUUUAUGAUGAAAAAGUGGUUUGGUGGGAAGCUCUCACACUGAUUCUGAUGUAUUUUGUCUACAUUUUGAUCAUGAAGCUGAACUGUUACAUUGUUCAUUUUCUGGAGAGGUGGAAGAAAAACUCAUCCGGUCUGAAGAAUGGUGCAGCUAACAGUGAAGUGGACGAUGGCUGUGAUGCUACUGUUGUACUAUUGAACAAAGCAAACCACCACAGAAAGCCGUCUGUGCUGAUGGUGGACGAGCUGCUGUCAGCGUACCCCCACCAGCUGACCUUUUCAGAAGCUGGCAUGAGGAUCAUGAUCACUAGCCACUUCUCUCCACGGACGCGCCUCACCAUGGCUUCACGAAUGCUCAUCACUGAGAGACAACGUCUAAUUAACGCAAGUACUCUGACCAACGGCGAUUCUGACAUCCCCAUAAAAGGAGGCAGUAGGUGGGGCAUAGAAAACGGGCUGUCCAGGACUGAGAGGUGCAUAAGCAUCUGCAAUGACGAUCGAGAGGCAGGAUACAAGACAGAGAAUGAGGACAGUGAAAACAAUGAAAAUGAUGAAGAAGAAGAAGAAGAAGAGGAUGGAGAGGGACCCUUUGUCCCCUUUCAGUGCCCAGCCGGAGGGUUUAACAAGCUGAAGUGGUUGCUGGCAUGGCCUCUGUGUCUGCUGCUCUACUUCACCAUCCCCAACUGCUCCAAGUCCCGCUGGGAGAACUGCUUCAUGAUUUCCUUCAUCUUCUCCACCCUGUGGAUCGCCUUCUUCUCAUACAUCAUGGUCUGGAUGGUUACGAUGAUCGGCUUCACUCUUGGUAUUCCUGACGUCAUCAUGGGCAUCACCUUCCUGGCAGCCGGCACCAGUGUUCCUGACUGCAUGGCCAGCCUUAUAGUAGCGCGGCAAGGAAUGGUCGACAUGGCGGUCUCCAACUCCAUCGGCAGUAACGUCUUCGACAUCUUGGUGGGGCUGGGACUUCCCUGGUCCCUGAAAACUCUGGCCAUCAACUAUGGUUCUGCUAUCAAACUGAACAGCAAAGGGCUCAUCUUCUCCGUGGGGCUCUUGCUGGGGUCUGUGUUUCUGACGGUCCUGGGGGUUCAUUUGAACAAGUGGACAUUGGACAAACGUCUGGGCAUCAUAUGUCUCCUCCUCUACUCCGUCUUCCUGUGCUUCUCCUGCCUCAUUGAAUACAACAUAUUCACCUUUGUCAACCUGCCAACAUGCCAAGACUGAGACACACACGCAUGCACACACACAAACACACACACACAAACAAACACACACACACACACACACAGGCAGAAAGUGAUGUUUACAAGUGAAGUGUACUAGAGAUGGCUGCUUAUCAUCAUCUCUAAAUCAGAAGUUAACAACACUUCUACUCAUAUCAGACUAUUUGUGGAAGGAUGACGUGCGGACGUAAGGUGCUUGUUUGAUGCAAUAUUGAGCUGCUCUGGUGCUUCCUCCAUCAGUCCAGUGCGCUGGACUCAUUCCAGGAGCGAAGUGAUUUGAUAUGCCUUCUCACUGUUCAAUACUCACACAGGACUGUCCAACCACUGCGGGCUUCGGACUGAAGAGCUUUUAUUUUGAAACACCUGCACGCAGGUGUGCUGCUUCCAAGCUGCUGAUCUUUCCUCUCAAGGAAGGCGGGUCUUUGAGACCUUCUAGAUGAAAGGAAUAAUGCUAAAAAGCAAUGGUGGUCUGAAGGGGAUUUAGUUGAGCACU